UGCGCGCGGCCGACGCCAGCCCCACACAAGAGACAACAAAUUGGUGUCAGAAACGGUGCGCGUCACUCUCGAGGUCGCGGGGAUUCAUCUCAACGGGGAGAGGCGGGAACGGGAGAGGAGAGAGCGAGCGAUGGAUCGAGCGCGAAGGGCCUUCAGUGGCACGGGGCGCCGCUGACCGACCGAGCCAACGCACAGCUGUGCUUCCCUCCACCCCCUCGACCAGCCCGAGGAAAAGUACAUUUUUUUCCUCUGCCCUCUGGCCAAAUCAAAACGGAUAAUCCCAUUGAACAAGAUAAAAUGCGGCGAAGCUGAAAGUUGUGCUGGCAUUUAAAAUACCGGUGGAAGGGGAGUCGGUCAGCGCUGCGAUUGUGUGGUGGAAGAUGAUGCAGAAGCAGCUGCAACGGGAUGAGGUUUACCGUUGGUUCGGCGAGUUAAAUUCCUCACAGAGAGUGGAUUUCAUUUGCGGGUUGCUCGACCUCUGUAUCCCUCUGGAGUUGCGUUUUUUGGGCUCCUGUCUGGAGGACUUGGCCAAGAAGGACUACCAUUCUCUCAGGGAUUCCGAGAUUAAAGCGAACAACGUGGCUGACCUAGCCAGCUUGACCAACAUGACAGAUGAAGUGGUUCGCAGUAAACUCAUCGUCUCCUUGGCCUUACUCUGCUCCGAUAACAGGGAGGCAUCUGGGGUCUUGUACCGCACCCUUACUCACAUCGAUUCCAUCAUUAACAACUAUGGCCUUCAGCUUCACGACAGGACUGGCGACGAAUUCUUGCUCUUGUUUACCAUGGCUUCCAACCAUCCUUCCUUCACCUUCCAUCAGAAGCAGAUCUUGAGGCAGGAGCUGUUGGAAAUCCAGAGGAUUAUUGAUAGCACUUCCAAUAAAGAUGCUGUCCCUGUCGCGGCCACAUCGAUCACUGCAGCCAACUGGGAUAGUACUUCAGCAGUCUGCAAGACAGUACACAGAGCUGAAAGUGGUGUGCACUGUUUACAGAAUGCAUUGCAGAGAUCAGCACAUUCCUGUGACGAAUCCUCCCCAAAACGGUCUUCAGUCAAGCAUUCAAAAUUAAACAUUGAGAGGAUAGAUCUGAAAGGAUUGCAGCAUAAGAAGAAUGAGAAAACUGCUGACUAUUCCUUUGAGGUACUGUGGUCGGAUUCCUCAGUGACUUUUGUAACCAAGUCUAAUCGGGAACUGAAAGAAUUUCUUGCAAAGCUUCCUCAAAUGUUCCAGGAUGAGAAUUUGGAAAGUGUCAUUCCCCAAAUCAAGGACCUUGAUUUUUGCACAGAAGAGAAAACAUUUGCUGAACUGGAGCCAUAUCUCAGAUACCUGAUAUCCUUGCCGCCUCAUAUGAUCAAAAUUGACCACAUACAGAAAUUUUUCAGCACUACCACAGUUAAUCAGACCAGUCAGCAUCUGAGUGCCAAUACCAUACCAGUGAUGUUACACAAAGCUAAUACAAGCAAUGGUGCAGCUGUAAGGCCAAUAUGUGGGGUGGCUAGCAUCCAGUGUUCCCAUACCACACUACAACCAUCAGUUUCUGUUUCUCCUUCUUGCCCACACUCAGUCAGUGGAUGCUCAGCAUCAGUCACUUGUCCUCAACCUGAGAACAUCAAUCCACAAAAUCAAGAACAAAUGGGAAUUCUUGAAUGGCUUAAGAAGUUACGAUUACACAAGUAUUAUCCUGUUUUUAAACAACUCACAAUGAAUAAGUUUCUCAGUCUUACUGAAGAUGAUCUGAACAAAUUUGAAACACUCACGUUAGGAGCAAAGAAAAAAUUGAAGAUGCAGUUAGAACUUGAAAAAGAGAAAUCUGAGAGAAGAAAUAUUAACAGCGUGGGUCAGUCACCAGUUCCUAGUGCUGGAAUUGCAAGGGUGACACCAACAAGUCAUUUUGGUCCUAUUCAUUCCAUUCGUUGCAACCCUGCUGCAGAAAUCCGGGUGGAGGUAGAACAGCGCCGUCGUACAGCAACAAAAGAUAGCGGAUCUUCCUCUGAAUAUUCAAGUUCACCAUCAAGUCCCAUAGCAAUCCAGGGAAGAGAGGAGAGUUCAGAUAGUGCAGAUGAAAAUGACAGAAGUGCAGAGACUGUUUUGGAUAUUCAAAUUAGGGAGAAACCAGCGAUGUUAUCAAGUCAACUGAGCAACCUGAACACUGGGCCAUGGAGGCCCACAGCACAAGUCUCUCCAGUACAAAAUGAAACUGGAUUAGCCCAUCCAAGUCAUGUAUCUUCAGCCAUUUCCACAGUGCAGAUGAUGCCAGUGAUUUCUUCAAACAUUGCCCCCAGCCGAAUGCUGAAUUCAGUACGCAAGUCAGAAAGAAGUAGCUUUGAUAUAAAGCCAAUAACAGGCAUAUCUUCUCCAAUCCACACAAGUCAAACUGUUGACCUUGGAAGCAAACUUCACGAAGGACCUACCAAUAGCAUCAAAGUGGAAAAAAAGUUUGGCUCUCUUGGAGCUAUGGUUAUAGAUGUAAUGCCAACUUCUCCAGUUCAAGCUUCCCAAAGAUCAACAAUUGUGUCAGAAAAUAAUGGGAUUUCAUCCAAUGUGGUCAAUUUUGGAAUUAGGACUAAAGAUGGACCUCCUUCCUCCAUGGAUAAUCCAUCCAAAACAACUCCAUUAUCAGCACUGAGAAUGGACACCUGUCCUUCCACUCCUGCACCAUGUAACUCUGCAUACAACAUUUCUCAGUCGCAGAUGAAACUUCUGGUCUCUUCCCCCAUUCCUACAGAACCAUUGUUGGUGGGACAGACUGCCUAUAAUAGUGUUGUACAAGUGAAAAGCGUCUCACCUGCUGUAAUAAGUUCAAGAACAGUUCCUUAUUCAGCAAACACCAAAGUUGCCUUUUCAACAAUUCAGUGUUCACCUGUAACCUCCAUUUCUGGCACUUUCUGCACGAACACCAAUAAUGCACCUGCCAAUAGCCACACCUCGGUGUCCUUCACAAACGUUGCAAGUAUGCCAAAUUGUCCUAUCUCUAGUUCCAGUCCGACUCUCUCCUCUGUGGCUAAAAACAGUUACAUUAACAGCAAUAAUGGUAAUGGAGGCUCAGGAAUAAAUGUCCCAUUGCAACAGCAACAGCAAACUGGGUGCAACGUGUGUAGUUCAUGUGGCUGCAGCGGAAACUGCGGCUCCAAUCCUUUGACAAUUAACUAUGCUAAUUACUUCCAAAGCCCAUUUUCAGGGCAUUCAGUGCUAACUUUUCCAAUUUUUCCAUUCAAUCCUUUAUGUAACAAUGGUUACAUCAGCACCCAAUAUAAUAAUAAUACUGCUUUCCCCUAUCCCAUUGUUCCAACCCCUGGCUACAAUACUGCAAUAACUCCCGAUUCCAUCAUUAGUGGACCAUCAAACUUUGUCAUGCCUCCCAUGCAGAAUUUCCUGGGUGGUACAACUGCAGUAUAUCAGACACAACACAUACUAGGAAGCACAAAUGGAUCUGGAUAUAAAAAGAAUGGACAUAUUUCAUGCUACAACUGUGGGGCUAAUGGGCAUCGAGCUCAGGACUGCAAACAGCCAGCAAUGGAUUCCAAUCAGCAAGGUACUUUUAGACUGAAGUAUGCACCUCCAUCUGAAAGAAUGGAUUCAGCAGACUAAUAGUCGGAAAUGCACAUUGAUAUGAAUCACAGUGUGCCAUUGAGUAAAAUAAUAGCAGGUACAAGGGAAGAUUCAAAGAUGUUCAAUGGAUAUCUUGUCCUGCAAAAUUAAUUUCCCGCUUUUUUUUAAAUCCAAAGGUGCUUUUUAAAAAUAUCUUAUAUGUGGGUAUAAACUACACUGUGCAUGCACUAGCUGUAAAUAUAAGUAUGAUGGAAUUUUAAAAAGUAAUGACAAAUGGGAAUCAGUGUGUUUAGCAAAUAUUGUGCACUGAUAUUGCACAAGGAAAGUUAACUGUUACAUAACUAUGGCUGUUUCUAGGAACUAAAACCUAACAGAGAAAUCUUCAAGAGCACCAAUUUUUCUUUUGAUAGCCAAUACUGUACAGCUUCAUAGGAAUAUGAAAAAUAAAGCUGUGUUGGCUAUUGGAGAUGGGUUGAGGGAGCAGGGGCGAUGAGUGACGAGAAAAGCAAAGAACUCUGUUUCAAAUUAUUCAUAGUUAUAUUUACAAUGCAAUAAUGAUGGAGCAUGGCAGUCAGCAAAACAUUCUCAUCUGAUCAUCGAGAGAGAAGACAUUUGAAAGAAGAAUGUUGAAAGCACAGAAGAACUCUUCAGUCUCCUGGAAGUUGCCGAACAUAAAUGUGACAGGGUUGGAAACUUGUAUCUGUUUUUGUAAGGUUCUUUAACUUGUAUAUUUUUAAUAGAGAGACCUGUACAUGUAAAAUGAUACAAAAAUAUUUUUUGUAAAAUUAGUUGUUUUGUAGAAUUAUGGUGUCAAGUUCUCCUGAAUCAAUUUGUCAUGUUUACAAGUGUUUGUACCUGUGUGUGUGUGUGUGCGUGCGUGCGUGUGUGCGUGCGAGAGGCAUGCAUGCGUGCAGCAUGUAUGUUAGUCAGUCACAACUGAUGUAGAAGAAUCUUUACAUAUGUUAACAUUAUGAGAAUAUUGAAUUGGUUUUGCAAUUUAUAGUUUUAAUGAACUUACAUAACACACUAAAUCAGCAAAAUCAGUUGACUCUUUUGUAUGAGAAGGUACUUGUCAUUUUGUCAUCAUCUGGUAUACAAGAGUUGGUGUUUUGCUAUCACCCAUACAAAGGAAAUGUUGGUCCAUCCAGAUAAAAGUUCCAAAAAUGUUGCUUCAAUCAGAAAUAAGUCCAAGUACUUUUCCAUCCCAGAUUUGUAAAUACAGAUCUGUAUGAGUUGGAAGCAGAAGAUGUUAUUUACAGUGGCUCAUUCUCUUGUCUCUACGCAAAUGAGAAGCUCUCCACAGAAUUAAACAUACACUGCAGUACUGCAUGUGAUUAAAUACAUUUUGAAAAAACAGCAUGUUAAGAUGUUUGAUGCAACAAAUAGUAUUUAUGCUUUAUAGGGAGAACUUGGAGUUUUAACAUUUGAAGCUAUAUUUGUUCCUAUGUAUUAUUAUAUUGCUCAACCCAUAAGAAGUCAAUAUAGGAAUAAAGUUAGAAUUAUUGAUUUGCACCGUUAUUACUUUCCUUAAAUAACUUGAAAUCAAGAGUUAGUUUCUAACUAAAUAUGAUUACAGUAUUAUGGGUUUGCAUUCUACAAUAUAAUGUUUGUGAUCGAAUAGUUCUGGGUAAGUUUAUUGGUGCACCCAUCACUUUUUACUAGAGAUAGCAAGAGCAUUAUUUGAAAGCUAAUGCACUGGAAGUGACUUUUAAGUAAAAACCCUGCUCAUUAUCAACAGUCCUAAUUAUUGGUUAAUACAAUUUUAUUUUGGUCAUGUCUGUGAUUCCAAGGCUUAGUAAAUCAUUUUCAAGUGUGAACCUUCAUAUUAAAUGAUUCCAGUAUAACACUUCUGAAGUCAGAACAUAAUUUCAAAGGAUAAUUAUAGUUCUAACAAUAUGUAACUUGAUAUUUCCAAAUUCCCUUGAAUUUAUUACCAUCUGUAACAAUCCUCCCAUCAAGUUUUUUAAAGACCAAAGUUGUAUAUCUCUCAAACGCUUUGGAUAUUCCAUAUUAAAAAUCAAAUGAUUUGAUUCGACCAACAACUCUUUGAACCCUGAUAUUUGGAAACAUUUUAUUGACUGAAGAUCCUUUCUACCACCAAUCUUUUUAUUGAAAUAGCACACUGGAAAAUGUAUGAUUGUACAUCAUAAUGUUAUACUUCAGCGAUGCUAGGUACAGCUUCCCAUUUAUAAUGUUUAACAUUUAGAACAUUUCCACUGUAUAUCAGUAUUAGGCCAUCUGUGAUAACCAGAUAUUAUAGCAUAGUAGUAAUGAAUGAUCAAGACACCCAUAUCAAUGGGAAACAAAUUGUAAUUUGUAGGACCAUUGUAAAAAUAUGUGAAUAUCAUCCACCUAUAAAAUUGAAAUAAGAGCCUAAAAAAGUUUUGCACUGGCCUUAAACAAUGGACAAUAUAGGUUGAUGUGAAUCUGAUACAAUUCUCAUAAAGUAAUGAUAGACAUUGAUGAACAAAGUUUGUAACCACCAUUUACACAAUUAAGAAUGGAUGAUAUUAAAUACAGGUAUCUGCAGACAUUAUGAAAUAUUUGGUCUAAUCAUGUGAGUUUAUGUAAACUUUUAUGAAGUAAGAAAGUUUAAUUCUUUCCUCACUGAAUUAUUUUUGUCAUUUGGGAAUAUCCAGUGAGAAUAAUGUUUAUUCAUUUCUGAAGGGUUGAGCAACACAAUUAGAAAUGUUAUUGGUAUCAGAGAAAUCAGCAUCAACGGAAAAAAGGAUGUUGCUUCAGGAUUAAGCCCAGAUGAGAAAUUAAUUUGUGUUAUCUCUCAAUGUUUUUACACAUAAUGAACAAAGAUCUAUUAGCAUAGUUCCAAUCUACAGGAAAAUUCAUCAACAGGGCAGAGUUGUAAAUUACAUUGGAAAUUAUUCUCCAGAGCCGGAGAUAGAUUUUUUAAAUCUAUUUUCGAUGUGAUGGCAUUAUAGGUCAUUUGUUGGGUUCAUUUGUCACACCAUGAAAUACCACCAUUAUGAACAAGCACAAGUUGCAAGCUAGUCAUAUUUCUGCUUUUCAUAUCACAAAACACAAUAGAAUCAAGAGCACUGAACAGACGUCCUUUGAUUAUUAAUUGAAAGUGAGAGUGAUAUUUCCUCCUGGUCAUUGCUGUCCAUAUAUGCCUCCUUUCUUGUCUCUGUUUCUCUCUGUCCCCUCUCGAGCUGAGAAAAAGAUAACUUUUCAUACUCCCAUUGGCCUCAUAAUUAAAAGCCAUAAUGAUCAUAGGAAACUUAGUUUCAUUCCCAGUCUCUGCUGAAUGAACAAUUUAAGUCAUUGAUGUCAAGAUGUUUUUAGGAAUGGAUGGGAAAUGUGAUAUGCCAGGUUCAGUCUUCACCUCUGAUUUCUAUUUUAUGGUUCCUGCUGGUAGGAGUUUGGAUGCAUAAUGAGAAUGGUAUUAUAUCUUAUAUCUGGUAUAUCUAAUACCAUAAUGGUAUUCUAUCUGUAUAGCUCCCAUCUGCUUACCUGUGAGAAUUCAUCAUUUGACUAAAAGCUCUAACUCUAUUCCUACAAGACUUGCACUCUGAAAUUUGUCCUCAAAUUAAAGACAAUGAUGCAGAAUUUCAGAAAAUAGUUCAAUAUGUAGAUGCUACAUGUGCGAGUUUAAUGUUACGAAAAGAGGAUGUCUUUUUCCCCUCGGUGCAUCUGGAGAGAUGAGAGAAAACAGGAGAUGUUUAGGGAAAAUGUAUCACUUACGUACAAGUAGAUUCUCAAGAUCGAAUUGCAAAUUCUUCAAAAAAGGAAAGGAUCCUGAAAAAUGAAUGUAUUUUUUGUCUUUUGCAAUCUUUGACAAUCUCCUUGUCAUGUCUGAUCACUUCCAGCCUUUCGCUGCUGAUUAGGUCCCCAUCCUUAUCCGAGUUGUGUUUUAUUUCUUUGUCGUACUUUCUUUGGUUCAAUAUCUUUUUUUGAAGAAUUGUUCUUUUAUUUCAUGAAAUUUAGGUAGCGAUUUGGAGAAUUAUGGAUACCUGAUAAUGAUUGUGAAGGCAUCACUCUCACUCGAGGUUUUAAAUGGUGAUUGUCACUUGAAACUUUAGAUGAAGUCAGUAUAUUCAAAUAUUUCUGACAAUCUGCAGCCUUUACAAUGUAUACUGUGGAGUUGCAAAUACCUUUUUUUCCUUUUUGAUUUACUUUUGCCAGUUGGUGUCCAUUGUGCCAUACAUUUAAUGUGUGAUCAUAUGAGUAUUAAAGUUUGUGACAUCUUCUAAGUUUAUCAUGUGAUAAUUUACGUUUGAUUACCAAACUAAUAACAUAAUGCAUUGAGAACUUAAUAACUUGUUCUGGCGAUCUUAUCUUCUCCAUCAUUAAACACGUGUAUUGCAUUCUAUAUAAAAAUGAUCAGAAUUGUUAAACUGAAAUGCUCCAAUUUUCUGUUUACCACAGUUUCCUUGUUUAUUUUGAAGGUUUAGCAUUGACAUAAAAUUCAUAAUAGAAACAGUGUUCACUGCAGAAGUAAUUUUUUCAGUCGAUGCCGAUUUACAAUAUCUGCCUCUUUUUAAUUACUUGAAUCUUCAAUACUAUACACAAUCACUUUGAGUUGUUCACUUUAUGUAUGCCUGUAUCUUAAUAUCUCUCUUGUAAUUCCAUAGAAACAGUAGAUAGGUUAUGUUACAGACGAGGUUCAUAAUUAGAAUUACAGUAGACUCAGUGGGGUAGAACUUCAGCUUGACACCUGGGUGUAAAGAUCAAUUUGGCACAAAAACAGCCCCAUUUCAUUUGCAACUGAAUUGCUGUUUCACAUAUGGGCAACAAUCAAAUUCUACUAGAUAAUGUCUUUACCUUCAGUAGAUUUCAGAAACUGUAGCAAAUCCAGAAAAUGUUGCAUUGUGCAUUUAUGACAUAGCAAACAAGAAAACACAACAUGAUAGACUUUAUAUUUUAAAAUAUACAAUAUACAUUCAUGUAUUUUAUGAUCACUAAACUGCAAUGACAUCCUGGGCUAAUAUUUCUUGCAUUCUGUGCAGAUGAUUGGUUCAAACUUAACCUAGCAAAAAGGGCUGAAGAAGGGUCUCGACCCGAACCGUCACUUAUUCCUUUGUUCCAUAGAUGCUGCCUCAUCCGCUGAGUUUCUCCAGCAUUUUUGUCUUUAGCAAAAAAUAUAAUUAGUUUACGUUUUAAUUCUACAGGAGCUACUCCACUUUUGAUGUCUGCAAUAUGCACAAACUGCUUGUUUUGUUCAAUGCCUUGCAGAGAUACAGCCAUUUUCUUACAACUAAGGAGCAAAUGUGUUGAGGCAUAGUGUGGGAUAUUGCACUGCUCUCAUAACUUUAGUUUAUCUAAAAUCUCAAGAAUGGAUUUGGAACCUAAUCUUUGAAGUUCGCAUCCUACUAAACCAGGCAAAAUAUGUUUCCAUUCUUCAAAAAAAUAGCAUCCUAAGCGAAAUUGUGAAAUGCCAAUGAAAGUUGGAAUGAGAAUGUCCAAAGGUAAUUUUGUUUGACACAUUUAUUGGUAUUUUUCCAGGCCAACUUCAAACUCAUUGCCCAGGAGUAAAAUGUCAAUAUGGUAAUUCACUGCAUUAUCUACUUCUUCACAACUUUCCUAUUUACACUAGAAACAGGUUGACCAUCAGAUCAAGUUGAGUUUAUUAUCACUUGCACAACGCACAGGUACAAUGAAAAUCUUGGUUGCAGCAAAAUCGCAGGCAUCGACACACAAAUUGUAAAUUAUAUAAAUACUGUAAGACAGUAAAAAGAAAAAAGACAAAAAAACCAAGACAUUAGUGCAAAGCAAUCCCAUAGCAGCAAGAGGUGGUCUAUAGUGUUCCGUGGUCAAGGUGGGAUUACCAUUUGUGGGUUGUUUCAAGAACCUGAACCUUGUGGUGUGCGACCUCAGGCAUCCAGCAAGUAGCUGCAAGAAUCUUUGCCAUUCGCAAACUAUUUGCAAACCAGGUGUGGUCUCACUAGGGUCC